AUCCAACCGUCGAGUCUUUAGUGGCUGUUGGGUGCCAGGUCUCAGCUAGAAAAGCUUCUUUGGCACUUGGUCCCAAGUUGCAGACUUUGGGCUUGGAUGCAAUAGGCAAUUCAUUCGUGAAAAAACUCUCAAGUGAACAAACAACCAUGGCCAUUCCGUUCGAUAAUCCCAGCAAGGUUGCCAACGAUGUCAAGAGCAACGUCAAGAGCAACGUCAAGGGCAACAAAUUUGCGACUCCGUUGAUGAUUGCCGCCGGUGUAGGUGCUUUGGCGUGGUUCAUGGCGUCGGACCGCAAGCACGAGCCCGCUCCCCCUCAUGACCGCGAUCCCCGUGCACCACCCUCCAAGAUGAAGUGAUCGGCGCGCAACAGCUACGCCGAACAAGUCUAGGCAGAGUGAGCAAGAAGUGAAGAUGGAGGAGUUCGUGGCUGAUAUGAAGGUCUGCGAAAGCAGACAAAUAAGACUUCGAAUACAUUUAUUCUGUUGAAGAAAAUGUGUGGGCGAGUGUUUUCAAUUGAACGGC